AUGAGAAGAACAUUAGGAGCGGUAUUAAUUUUUGCCUUGAAGAUGGCAUGCGACGUGAUAAGGCUUGUUCCAACAUGUGAUGCGGAGUGCAUGAGGGGAAGACUCUUGGCCUCAUAUUACUCAAGUCCUGCCGGCGUGAAUCUUCUGCAGACGGCAGCCAAAAAUGCGCCAGCCAAGAAUCUUGUAGGGGGCAAGGUGACGGUGGUGGGUUUGAGCAGCCGCAGUGCAAGUAAGCCUCCGGCCCCAAGGACGCCUGGAGGAGGGCAAAUAACUGUAACAGCCACUGUUGUGAAGACUGUGCCGAUGGAGAUACCUCGAAGUGUGCAACCGCCUGUUGUGGUGCUACAGCCCAGAUAUCUUGUACAGCCAAUGCCUAUUCCGGUGAAUGCAAUGAGUGUGGCUACAGUACCAAAGAGGAAUGCAAAGCCACUCCCUGCAAGGCAUGUUGUGGAAGAGAAGCCUCAUGGGGAGAAUGAGAUGAUCAACAGGAUAGGAAGGAAGGUGAACCUAAUAUAUACCAUGUUAAGUACUCUAGGACAGAGAUAUCUUCAGAUGCCUCCGCAGACGCCAAGGGUUGUGUUGGUUGCACCUGUUUCUACAAGGACAGUCUUCAAGACAGUGUCGUCUCCUGCGCCGGCGAGAAGCAGCGCUCCUGCUUCGACACAAUCUGCCUCGGUAAUCACUCUUACAAAAUGCAUUUUCUUGCCUCCUCAGACCGAGAAAAAACCCCAAGCACAGACUUCCAGCACCAGCACUAGCACCAGCCCCGUGUCCUCUGCAAAGGAGACUCUGGGGGGAAAUAAGACGGUGGGCCCUAGAAGAAUUCCCAAGAAGCCGCGGAAUAUAGAUUUCGGAGAGAGCAGCAGCUCGGAAAGCUCCAUGUCCGAGCAAAGGGAGGAGAAGCCUCUGUACAUGUUGAAGUCCACAGGGCCUGGGCGAAAGAAGAGGAGAAGAGGAGAUCCAUUUAUUGAUUGUUAUUUGAAAGGAGAUCCAUCCACCAGAUGCACGUCGGACAGUUCCGAGGGGAGGCCGGACAUAGGCGAUGCAGUUAUCUACAGGAGCGAUCUCGACAGCGGCGACGAGAUCAUAUAUCUUAGUGAGCUGUUGCAAGGAUGA